CAGACCCAACACAAAGAAGACGGUGCUCCUCACUUUACCUUCAAUAUCUUUACUUUUCUUUUGACCGCAGAUUUUGAUGAGACCACAGAAACAGGACUACACACAUUUUUUGAAGGGAAAUACUGCUGCCUUGAAGCUCAAAAGAUGUUUUUUGCCAGGAGCUGCUCAUUUAUUCUCCUGCUGCCGAUUUUGAUAUCGGCUCAGUAUCAAGGGGACAGCGGAAUAGUGAUUCCAGAACAUGGAUUUUGUCAACCCAUUUCUAUUCCUCUGUGCACAGACAUUGCUUACAACCAAACUAUCAUGCCAAACUUGGUGGGCCACUACAACCAGGAGGACGCCGGACUUGAGGUGCAUCAGUUCUACCCACUGGUGAAAGUGCAGUGUUCUUCAGAGUUGAAGUUCUUCCUGUGCUCCAUGUAUGCGCCAGUGUGCACGGUCCUGGAGAAGGCCAUCCCUCCCUGCAGGUCUAUCUGUGAGCGAGCUAAACAGGGAUGUGAAGCCCUCAUGAACAAGUUUGGUUUUCAGUGGCCCGACCGACUGCGCUGCGAGAAUUUCCCCGUACUUGGAGAUGGACAGAUCUGCGUGGGACAAAAUGAAUCAUCGCCUGCCACUGUUCCUCCCAUCAUUCCUGUUCCAGGAAUCCAGGAUCCGUCCGUGAAUGAACCAUUUCGGUGCCCAUCUGUUCUUCGAGUCCCUCCGUAUUUGAACUACAGAUUUUUGGAGCAGAUUGACUGUGCUGCUCCGUGUGAGCCAACCAGGAGUGGAGGACACAUGUUUUUCACCGAAAAGGAGAUUUAUUUUUCCCGAAUAUGGAUUCUGAUCUGGUCUGUACUUUGCUGUGCCUCGACUUUAUUCACAGUUACCACUUAUUUAGUUGACAUGCAGCGGUUCAGGUACCCUGAGCGGCCCAUCAUCUUUCUCUCUGGCUGCUACACCAUGGUCUCCAUUGCUUAUAUCUCAGGCUUCUUCUUGGGGGACAAGGUGGUGUGCAACGACAGCUUUCAAAACGACACCUACAAGACCAUCGUCCAGGGCACUAAAAAGGAAGGCUGCACCAUCCUCUUCAUGAUGCUAUACUUCUUCAGCAUGGCCAGCUCCAUCUGGUGGGUCAUCCUGUCACUGACUUGGUUCUUGGCUGCAGGUAUGAAGUGGGGCCAUGAGGCUAUCGAGGCUAACUCUCAGUACUUCCACCUGGCGGCGUGGGCGGUACCUGCUGUGAAGACUAUCAGUAUUCUGGCUAUGGGGCAAAUCGAGGGUGACGUCCUAAGCGGGGUCUGUUUCGUAACAGCAAGCAACUUGGACCCUCUUCGGGGCUUCGUUCUGGCACCCCUCUUCAUCUACCUCUUCAUCGGUACUUCAUUCUUGCUGGCUGGGUUUGUUUCUCUGUUUCGAAUCCGCACCAUCAUGAAGCACGACGGCACCAAGACAGAGAAGCUGGAGCGGCUGAUGGUGCGGAUCGGUGUGUUCAGCGUGCUCUACACCGUCCCUGCCACCAUCGUCAUCGCCUGCUUCUUCUACGAGCAGGCUUUCCGGCCGCACUGGGAGCGCAGUUGGGUCAGCCAAAACUGCAAGAGUCUCGCCAUACCCUGCCCUAGCCACUCUGGGCCCCGCAUGACCCCAGACUUCACUGUCUAUAUGAUCAAGUAUCUGAUGACCCUCAUCGUGGGCAUCACUUCUGGAUUCUGGAUCUGGUCUGGGAAGACUUUACACUCCUGGCACAAGUUCUACACAAGGCUGACUAACGGUAAACACGGAGAGACCACUGUGUAGUCGUGUUCGCACCUUUUUUUUCAUGUGAUAAUCCAGAGCUGUGCUUCCAGCCUUUGACUCAGACUCACACCAUCGGAUGCCUCUGACAAAAGGUCAAUCUGGAUAAACAAGGACUGAUCCCUACUGUCUGGACGAAUUACAAGCAUGACUCUGAAUGGCCUGUGCCGAAAUGCUCCUCCAUGGCUCAUAGCAAAACAAUCGGCGCUCUCCCCUGCAAACCAAGAAAGGUCUUUUUGUUGUACAUACCAACACUGUAUAUGAAACUGAACUGUACAUAACGUUUUUAAAACAGGAAAAUAUAUAUUUGUAUUUAAAGAAUCUGCCUUUAUAUCUGCUUUAUUGUUGCACUGUAAAAAAAAAAGCCACAUACAAUAAGAUCUAGAUAUGACUCUCCAAUAGUUUAUGUUUUAUUGUUUAAAAUCAGAGAAUGUUUUAAUGUUUCUCUUUAUUCAACUUCAUCUGCCUUCUUCACUAAUGUUUUUAAGCAAUUAAAUACUGGUAUUUUCUUUAAGGUCUUGUUGGGUUUUGUCUGUUGGUGAUGUCACUUCACUAGCUGGGCACGCUAAGGUGUGUGUCAAACUCAAGGCCUGGGGGCCCAUUUUGGCUAGCUACUUCAUGUUACGUGGCGCUCAAGAGCUUUUAAUACGUGGCUCAAAAUUCAAUU